CACCUACAUUCAUUAUUCAUAAGCUGUCACUUUCGCAUACGUCAAAAAUGGAGGAGGAACGUUUGUUCGACGAAAGAGUGGCAAUUCGGGAAUCCGCUCGUCCUCUUAAAAAAUACGGGAGUACGUGUAACCACAUGAAGAGGAACGAGGAAUAUAUUAAGCAUGUCAUGGUUAAAGGUGAUACGCUGCAAGGCCUCGCGCUCAAAUAUGGUGUUACCAUGGAGAAAAUUAGACGGGCUAACCGUUUGUUCGCAACGGACAGUUUGUUUUUGCGCGAGUAUUUAUUGAUUCCCGUGACGAAGGAGUCUCCUUUCUAUGAGAAUGGUGAACGGGUGACGGAGAUGGCGCCGCCGAACCACCGCGCAUCCAUCGCCGGCAUGCCUACUAGAGACAGGGACUUCUCGCCGGGAAGCCCUGAUGAGAAGAAGUCCUUUGAUGAGUUCCUCAACAGACUGGACUCUUCGCUGGCCGACAUUAAGAAACAUGUUGAGAAGACCAAGGAAAACAGUGAAUUCGUGAAAGACCUGGAGGACGGUUUCGUGCGGCACAGGCCGACGGCGCGGCUGCGGCAGUCCGCGUCCCUGGGCGCGUCCAGCUCGUACAACGAGGUGAUCCCGCCUCCGCUGCCGCCGCCGCCCGUCUCCCUGACCCAGGGCCGCCGCGUCGACUCCUCGCUGCGCCGUCUUGAGCGUGCGCAUGAUGAUCUCUUCCAGUUGUAGCGGCCGAAGCAGCGCAGAUAUGCGCGUUUCAACUGAGAGCGGAGCGCUGUGCGAUGCGCACGCGCACUUGCCAGCGCACGCGGCGAUCUUCCGACGAUCGCCGCGCAGUGCGUGAACUGUCGGUGAGUCUAGUGACGUCACGAGUGAUAUUAUACUACGGGCUUGAUUUCUCAUCUGGCGCUAGGAAAAUAAAUUUGGAGGUACUAAAAAUUAUCCCAUGUUUUGAUUUUUAUGGCAAUACACAUAACAUCUGUUAUAUUUCGCGUUUAGAAAAUAACAUGUCAUGUGUAGAUACUAAAAUUUGAUAUAAGAGUGAUACAUGAUGUUACUAUAGUCCUAAAGUAUUAAAUAUAUCCUUUAACUGUUAUAAGGGGUGAAAGAAAACGAAAAAUAACUAAAUUAUUUAAACCAACAUAACUAUAAUCUAAGGCUUCACUUUUGCUAGGUGUGUAGUGUAGACAAUUAUAAUUGUUUUAAAAUAAUUUCAAUCAUGAUUCGUAUUCCUUUACCACUUAACUUCUAAUCACAAUUCAUUGUUAACUAUAAAAAAGUAAUAACGUAAAAUGUAGGAUAUACAUUUUAACAUGGUAUAAGGGUUUGUGGUUUGUGACAUGACUUUAGCUGUCUCAGACUUUAAUAUCGACUUAUACGACAUACAUUCUAAAUGCUUUUGGCUAAGUAAUUUGCGCCCCGUUAGAAAUCAAGAUACGUACGUAUGUAGUUGUUAAUACCGGCUUACACAACAAUUUGUAUGAUCUUAUUAAUGUUUACAGCGUAAAAUAAAUGAUUUGGUUCGAAUACUACGUCAUAAACGAAAUGUUCGAGCAAUAAUAAUGCCUGUCAUUUAUUUUACAUAUUUUUAUGGACCAUUGAUAAAUUAGAAUUCAAUGUGAUUUUUUUGUAACAUUGUUAAUCCGACUGCGUAAAAACGUGUAUAUUACGAUAGAAUAAUAUAUGUUGUGGAUUUUGUUCCCCUCGGAAUAAUGCCAUCUGAAAACAGCUCUUAGGGCCACGGUACAUUAUUUUAUCAGAGUUUGGCGGUUUAUUCCAUAUCUCUUGGGAACUUGGAUAGAGUAACAAAAUUUUAAAUAGCAAAUUUUACAACUUGCGAUGCAGUUGUACUGUUUUAAAACUCCGCACUCUGCUAGUUUUGAAGUUAUUUAUGUUUUUUUAAAUGGGUAGCAGUAAUUAAAAGGUACACAGUCAGAUAGUAUUUUUAACGUAUUGUUUACACUGUGUUGUCAAUUGCAAAAUCGCCGAUAAUUGAUGUUAAAGUGUGCAAUGGCCCUUAGACUAUCCCAGCCAGAUAAUAUUUUACGCAGUCAUAUAUCUAAUAAUGAAUAUCAUUAUUGUAUGUAUAUACAUGUAUAUUAGUUAGAUGUAAAUGCUUGGUGCGUUUCACCGGGACUGUCCUAAUCGUGAUAUAUAAAUACGCAGCUAUGAUUCAGGCGAAAUUGUGUCUUAUUCAAUACGAAAUACGAUUUACCAAAGAAAUGCUAUUAUAAAAUUCUAGAUGUUUGAAUUUUGCACGCCGUAACUAUUGAACAGAUUUCGAAAAAAAAUUAUAGUUAGUCUAUAAAAUUAUGCUGUAAGCUUACUAUUUUCGUUAAAUUAUUGAUGUCUCGGGAUAGCCAUAAGUUUUAACCCUUGAGCAGCGUGUAAAAAAUUGUAUAAUUCAAAACAUCUUAUACAAAAAUGACCCUUAUAUUUAAAGUAAAAAUGGAUAUUAUUGAAUCAUGACACAAUUUCGGCUUUACUAACAAAAUUGUAAUAUCUAUUGUGAAGUACUGAAGUUUGUUCAAAUCACAAUUAUACAAGCUUCAAUACGAUUUAGAUAGUUAUCCAAAUGAAAUUAUUGAUGUAAUAAUAAAAUAAUUUAUAGUUGUGAGGCACUAAAUAUUUUUAAUGUGUAAUGUUGUUGAGCUUAAAAUGUAUAAGGUUAUAACAUUGUUUAGUUUAGUUAGUGUUAUUUGUGCGUGUAGUUGCUUGUUAAAACUGACGCGAUUCGAAAUCAUUUUUUACUGUACAGAGUCAUGACGUUACUAAAUUAAACCAUAUACGUAACUUCUUGAAAAUAAGACUUACAAUAAGUUAUUCGACCUGUAGAUGAAAAAUAAAAAAAGUUUCGAACAAAAUAAAUAUCAACAAAAAGUAUUCGUCAUUCUACACACCCUAAUACCACUACUGUUACUCUAAGAAAAAUCGUCACAGUAACAACAUCAUACUUUCACUCAGAAAUAUACUCACACGCCAUGUUCCCAAUAAACCAAAAUAAAAAUUAGAAAAGUAAAGCCGGUGUUUAUGGUGAAAAUAUUCGUUAUCCGUGGAUGAUUUUUGGCACAAUUUUAGUAGAGGUAAAAGAACAUUACCCAGCGUUUUUUAUCCGAAGGGCGACACGAGUCUAAGCGACUCCCAUUCAUUGUCAAGCUCGGAUUUGUAUAACAAAUUUUGAUAUCAUUUUAUCUUCAGGCAGAGAAAGUCCGGAAUUCGCGAUGUUUUUUCUAUAAUAUUCUUUAAUGGAUUGACUUGCAAUGUAGUUUUUUUACAAAAAUGAUUUUGAAUCGCGCCAUUUUUUGGCAACCAACAAUACGUAUUGUAAAAAAUCAAAAUUAUUACUUCCCUAUCGUACCUCAGAGUUUAGUGAACGAUUCCAUAGUCUAUUUGUCACAAAUAUAUACUAUAUGAAUGUCCAUUUAGUGUAAAUAUGCGCUCGAUUUUAUGCCUUAAGUAUUUCUCAUUAUGUGUUAUUCGUGGCGUAUGCACUUUUCAUGUUUGUAGUAUUGGUAAAUUUCGGAAAAUAAAUAUUGUAAUUAUGUCCAACAGCGUUGAAUCCCCCAAGCUAUCGGGCCGUAUUAAUAUGCUUAGUUUCGCUCUGAAGUGGGAUAUAAGCCGUGAGGCUGUUACAUUAAAGCCAGCAUGUUACAAGUCGUUUAUUACUAAAACAUCAACAGCAUCUCAAGUGAUAUCUUAAGUCGCAGAA